ACUGUCAAACCCGUCAAACCUUUUGCAUCGCGUUUCGUUUUUCUCCAAAGUUAAAUCGCAUAAAAACAUUUGUUCAGAAAACAUCGUGUGAAAAAAUGGAAACAAUAUUCGAAAUUCAACGUCGACUGCACGAGGAGUGCGACCGGCUAGUGAUGGCCAUGUCCGAGGAGCUCCAGAUGCCGAAAAAAACCACCAAAGAGAAGGUUCUUGCCGAUCACCGGAUCAAGAUUUAUCUCGAGCGAUAUCAGAGCUGCAGCAAGUCGCUGCUGGAGCUGUACCAGGACAAGGACGGCGAGCGGAAGCAGGAGAUCACCAACAUGAGCGUGAAUGAGUUUAAGGAGUUUUACAGCCAGUUUAACUCGCUGGUGGAAUUUCACCAGAAUCAUGGCAACAAUGUGGCCGUUCCGGCUUCGAUUGAAUUUUCAAAGUUGCGCGAGCAGCUUAAUGAUUCCGCGUACCUGGCGGAGGUUGUCAAAUUUAGCGAUGUGGAGAACUACGGGCAGUAUUUGGAUUUGCACGAGUGCUACGACAAUUAUAUCAAUCUGAAGGCGAUAGAUAAAAUCGAUUACAUUACGUAUCUGUCGGAGUUCAACCGAUUCUCGGAUGUUCCGCGGAAGCAGAAGAAUUUGAAGUACAAGAAGUAUUUGGAACUGCUGCACGAUUAUCUGUAUAGCUUUAUCACGAGGAGCCGGCCGUUGUUUUUCGAGCUGGAACAUACGGUGAAACGGAACGAGCUGCAGUUUGAGGAUUUGUGGAAAAAUGGUGAGGUGCCUGGGUGGGAGCGGAUGAAGGAUGUGGACGACGACGCGAUGAUAAAUUUGAACGAGUUUGCCAAGUGGGAGGAUUUGACGUAUUUCGGUUUGGAUCGUUUAAAAUCGGCGCUUCAGGCUAUGGGUAUGAAGUGCGGCGGCACACUGGAGGAACGUGCCCAGCGUUUGUUCGCUUGCAAGGAGGACAAGAACAAGGAAAAUGAGCGCAAGCGACUUAUGUUUAACCAAAAGGAUAAGGACAUUGCGCUACUUGAGUACAAAAUUACAAAGCUGUCGGAAUUGGUGGACGAUCAGAUCUAUGAGACGAAGAUCAAUUUGCAGCGGAAGCAGGCGCGUUAUACGCUGGAUGAGAGCGACGAGGACAGCAUGGAUGAGGUGGAAUCGGAUGAUGACGAUGGAAUUCCGUACAAUCCGAAGAAUCUCCCGCUCGGGUACGACGGAAAACCGAUUCCUUACUGGUUGUAUAAAUUGCACCAGCUGCACUUCACGUAUGAAUGUGAAAUCUGCGGUAAUUAUAAGUACAACGGGCCGAAGGCCUUCCAGAAUCACUUUUCCGAGUGGAGACACGCUCACGGCAUGCGAUGCUUGGGUAUACCAAACACAGCCCACUUCGCGAAUAUUACGAAAAUCGAGGAUGCCCUACUUUUGUGGGACAAGGUGAAGGAUCAAACCUUCUCGAAGAUGUGGGUUCCAGCGAACGAGGAGGAGUUUGAGGAUUCCCGUGGAAACAUCCUGAGCAAGAAAGUGUAUCUUGAUUUGCAGAAGCAGGGAUUGCUUUAAAGUGGACUCAAUAUAGAGCAUUUACGUAAUGGUUUAUAUGAUUAACAGUGUUUAUCUAUUCCAAUUGGGAACAAAUAUAAGAGAGAAAAAGUCAACUAUAGCGCGGCGCCAACAAUUCUUCGCUGCUCGUUAUU